CCAUAUUUUAAAGACUCUUUCACACACACACACACACAGAGCCAGGGCGACGGCCAGUGGGUAGCACAGUCCAGUCCACGGCCACAGUCUCCUAGUCCUUUGCCAGAAGGAAACAACACCACCCCCAAAUUGAUUUAUUUAUGCCAAUGGCACAAAGCCGUCUUCUUUCUUCUUCUUGGGUCUUCCCUCUUCCAUCCAUCUUAAAUGCACGAAGCUUUUAAUGCCCCUUCAUUAUUAUCUGUGCAAUUAAUUUUGCCUUCUCCAACCACCUCUCUCUCUCUCCCUCUUUUUUUCCCUACAUCCAAAAGGAAUUCUGUGAACAUAAUUCCACCUACAUUUGAGAAGUAUCGGUCCACUUACACUACUACUCCUCCUCCUCCCCUCUCCUGAUUGUUACCAGUUCGUCCUUUCCAAGAUUUUGUCCUCCCCAUCCUUUUUCCAGCUUCUUUUCAUUUCUUCCUUGCCUCGGAAAUCUGUAAACCCAAAAAAAAAAAAAAAAGAAUUGCCAAGAAAAUAAUUCCUCUUAAUGACAUAUGGACACUUCCUGCCUAGGCUGUUUAUCCAGUUUUGUUGGGUAUUUAUCACAGAAUCUUAAACUUUGAGACCCCUUAAUUUGGAAAGUUUUCAAAAUGGGGUGGCCUAGUACCUUGCAUCUAGUGUUUCUUUCAUGGGCUUUGCUUGCCUCUACUACCCACCAGUUGCAAACCUACGAAAGGCAAAUUCUUCUCCAGCUGAGAAAGCACUUGGAGUACCCAAUUGAGCUGGAUGCCUGGCAGAAUUACUAUGGCGAUUUGUGUACCCUGUCUUCAACUACACAUAUGAGCAUCACAUGCCAGGACAACUCCGUCACCGAGCUCAAAAUCAUGGGAGAUAAGCUCGCUAAGGUCAGUGAAUUCAAUGGAUUUGCACUUCCCAACCAGACAUUGUCUCAGAGUUUCUCCGUUGAUUCUUUUGUUACUACCUUGACAAGGCUAACUAACUUGAGAGUUGUUAGCUUAGUGUCUCUUGGAAUGUGGGGACCCCUCCCUGAUAAAAUUCACCGGCUUUCUUCACUCGAACUCCUUGAUGUGAGCUCCAAUUUCUUGUUUGGUACCAUUCCGGCGCAGCUGUCUAGGAUGGUUAGGCUUCAUACUCUGACAUUGGAUGGGAACUUUUUCAACGACACCGUGCCAGAUUGGUUCGAUUCAUUGACAAAACUCACAGUCUUGAGCUUAAAGAACAACAGAUUGAAGGGUCAAUUUCCUUCUUCUCUCACACGAAUUACAUCACUCACUGACAUUAUUUUGUCCCACAAUGCACUUGCAGGCAAAUUACCUGAUAUGAGUGCUCUAACCGGGUUACAUUUGUUGGACUUGAGAGAAAAUCACUUUGAUUCUCAACUGCCCUCCUUGCCAAAAGGACUAACCACAAUUCUGCUCAGCAAUAAUUCUCUCUCUGGCGAAAUUCCACAAGAAUUAGGUGAGCUGCAGCAGCUUCAGCACCUUGAUCUUUCAAACAAUUUUCUGACCGGGACGCCCCCAAGUGAACUGUUUUCGCUGCAGAAUAUCAGUUACUUGAAUGUAGCAUCUAACGUGCUGAGUGGCUCACUUCCCCAACGCAUCAGUUGCGGAGACGCUCUUGGUUUUGUUGAUAUUUCAAAUAAUAGAUUCAUUGGCAGUCUUCCUUCUUGUUUGGACAGUAAUUCUGGGAAGAGAAUAGUUAAGUUCGGUUGGAAUUGCUUGUCCAUUGAUACCAAAAAUCAACAUUCUAAGUCAUUUUGUGAGAAAGCGGUGACCGUGACACAGAGCAAACGUUUCAGUGGAAAAGCAAUAGUGCUAUUGGCGGGCGUUAUUGGAGGAAUUUUGAUUAUUGUGGUACUUUUACUGGUUGGGCUACUCAUCUUCCGCAGAAGGCAACAGGCAAGAGGUGCACCCCCAGGUUUGCGCACGGUCCCAAAGGUUGUACAAGAUAACCCACCAUCUGCAAUUUCUUCUGAACUUCUUGCCAAUGCCAGAAUCAUUUCUCAAGCUGCAAAACUGGGAGCACAAGGAACUCCGGUAUAUCGUUUGUUCUCAAUGGAAGAGUUGGAAGAAGCCACAGGCCGUUUUGAUCAGUCAACGGUUCUGGGUGCAGGCUCAAUUGGGAAGAUUUACAAGGGACGAUUACAGAAUGGGAACUAUGUUGCAAUUAGGUCACUGGCUCUGCAUAAAAAAUUUCUGAUUAGGAACCUCAAGCUUCGGUUGGAUUUGCUAUCGAAGCUUCGCCAUCCACACUUGGUCGGCCUUUUAGGUCAUUGCAUUGAUGGAGAAGUGCAAGAUGACUCAACUGUAAACAGAGUGUUACUUGUGUACGAAUUUGUUCCUAAUGGAAACUUCCAUACUCAUCUUUCUGAGACCAGCCCAGAGAAGGUUCUGAAUUGGUCUGACAGAUUAGCAGUCCUAAUUGGCAUCGCCAAGGCUGUACAUUUUCUGCAUACAGGCGUAAUUCCACCUUCCACUUGCAACCGCUUAAAGACACGAAAUAUACUUCUUGAUGAGCAUCGGGUUGCAAAACUCAGUGACUAUGGUAUGUCCAUCGUUACAGAAGAUGUCGAAAAAUCUGAGGCAAGGGGAGAUGGCUCAAAGUCAUGGCAUAUGUCUAAGUUGGAGGAUGAUGUUUAUAACUUCGGAUUCAUAUUGCUUGAGUCCCUUGUGGGCCCUAUUGGAAAAGGAAAAGGGGAAGCAUUUUUGCUAAAAGAAAUGACGUCCUUUGGUAGCCAGGAUGGUCGGAGAAAGAUAGUGGACCCAAUUGUUUUGACAACAUCUUCACAGGAGUCGUUAUCGAUCGUCAUAUCCCUGACUAACAAAUGCAUAUCCCCUGAUUCAAGUCGUCCCUCGUUUGAGGAUGUCCUGUGGAACCUGCAAUACGCUGCUCAAGUCCAGGCCACAGCUGAUGUAGAUCAGAAAUCAGAUGCUGCAUCACUAUCAUAACCUGUAAACUGGGUUUCGAGUUCUUCCGCAUUUUUUCGGUUUAAGCACCACGACGUCGCAGCAGGUCUCAGCUAAAUGUGUUCACUGGCAGUGUUUUGAAAUCGUAAAUGCCCCGUCUUUUUGGCCUCUUGAUUAUUUGAUGUUAAAAUUGGCGAUGCUGCUUAAAAGAGUAAUUCCUGCGACAUUCUAUCCCCAGAAACGGCUUCACCAGCGGGAGAGAGUUAAAGGAGUCUGUAGGUUCUUCUUCUGUGUAAUCUUUUCUUUGCGCGGUAGGGAGUAGUAUAAUAUGCUGCUAGUAGAUAGCAGUGAAAGAUACCUAGUGUACAGACCGCGGUUUUUAAGCACUUCAAAACUUGACGAGGAAUUUGAUUACUUGCAGAUUCAAAUUGCCAUGUUAUUAUUAGUAGAGCAGGAGGCCUUUAUAAAAUGUAUGUACAUCUCUAUAUAGUACUUGCUACAACAGAAAAAUCCCAGGAGGUUACACCAUCUUUCCUCAUC